CCUUCCGCCUCGUGGGGCGGGCGGCUCAUGUCGCCUCGCAUCCAGGCCGCCUCGGUGAGCGGCCACCAUGAGGCUGCUGCUCUGGCUCCUGCUGCAGCUUGGCGCCGGCUCCGCCGCUGUGGUGGUGAACGUGGAUGUGCGGCGCGCCGAGCGGCCCCUGCGGCACUUCUGGAGGAGCACUGGCUUUUGUCCUCCUCUGCCUCACAGCCAAGCUGAUCUAUUUGACCUGAGCAAAGACCAAGAGAUGAAUCUUGCCUAUAUUUCUUCUGUUCCACAUGAUGGUAUUGAACAAGUUCGAAUUCACUGGUUACUGGAACUAGUUACUGUCAGUGCGACAAAUGGAAAACUUCACUACAAUUUUACUGCCUUGGAUAACCUUAUGGAUCGCCUAUGGGAGAAUAAGUUAAUUCCAGGAUUUGAAUUGAUGGGAAAUCCAUCAGGAUUUUUUAUAGAUUUUGAAGAUAAAGACCAGGUAGUAAGAUGGAGGAACUUAAUUACACUUCUGGCCAGGAGAUAUAUAGGUCGAUACGGAUUGGGACAUGUUGCUAAAUGGAAUUUUGAAACUUGGAAUGAACCAGAUCAUCAUGACUUUGAUAAUGUGUCUAUGACAGUUAAAGGAUUUCUCAACUAUUAUGAUGCUUGCUCAGAAGGACUAAGAGCAGCGAGUCCUCUGUUGAAAUUUGGUGGGCCUGGAGACUCCUUUCACCCCUUCCCCAAGUCACCUAUAUGCUGGAGUCUCCUACAUCACUGCUACAAUGGAACCAACUUCUUCACAGGAGAGACUGGUGUUAGACUGGACUACAUCUCUCUCCAUAAAAAGGGAGCUGGGAGUUCUCACUACAUUUUGCAACAAGAAGUGGACGCAGUUGAGCAAAUUCAGAAGCUGUUUCCAAAUUUUGUUUCAGUUCCCAUAUAUAAUGAUGAAGCAGAUCCGAUGGUUGGAUGGUCAGUUCCACAGCUGUGGCGAGCUGAUGUCACCUAUGCAGCUAUGGUGGUAAAGGUAAUCAUCCAGCAUCAAAACCUGCUCAUUUCCAAACCUAACAACACCAUCAAUUAUACUUUACUGAGUAAUGACAAUGCCUUCAUGAACUACUAUCCCCAUUACUUCACACAGAGGACUCUAACAGCACGGUUUCAGAUGAACAAUACAAAGCCACCACAUGUCCAGAUGGUGCGGAAACCAGUACUAACUGUCAUGGGCUUACUGGCACUGCUAGGAGAAAAGCAAGUUUUUGCAGAAGUACUCAGCAGUGAUGGCGAAAGCACAGAGAACAGCACACUCGGUGUCCUGGCAUCCCUGCACACACCUGCUGAGCAGGAGACCUCCGACAGCUGGCAAGCUACUCUACUGAUGUAUUUAAGUGAAGAUAACAGGACUUCAGCCAACAUCAGUACUGUCACUGUGAAUGUCACCCAGUUCCCCAAAUUUGAGGAUCUGGUCUAUGUGACAUACUAUUUGGACAACAACCAAACAAAUCCCUACCUGAUUUGGAAAAAACUAGGAAGCCCUGACUUUCCUUCCCCAGAACAAUUCCAGCAAAUAAGGGAUGCUGAGGACCCCUUGGCAUUGGGCCCAUUCCCAGUCCCUGAAGGUGGCGCCCUGAUCCUGAAACAGGAUUUCCCUGUUCCUUCUGUCUUUCUCGUCCACAUAUGUGCAAGACCUCGUUCUGUUCCUGAUCAAGUGACUGGUGUUCGCUUGAUCCCUCUUGUGAAGGGGCAGGUUAUUGUGUUGUGGGAUGAUGGCUGUGUGAAUUCAAGAUGUAUAAAGACAUUUGAAGUGGAAUUCUCAUUAGAUGGAAAAGCAUAUCAGAGGAUUAAUGCCAAAGACACAAUAUUCACUCUCUGGGUCUACAGUCCGGGAAGCUCAGUCUCCGGCUUUUACAGAGUGAGUGCGAUUGACUACUGGGGGAAGGCAGGCCUGCCCUCUGUCCCUGUGAAAUAUGUUGAGACUUUCAAGCAAAUCUGAAGAGUGAUGCCUGGCUUGGUGGCUGGGUGGUGUACGGUCCCCUGCAGAUGACAACUCUCCAGAAAAAUAAACUCCUCCCUAGCUGAGGAGGGAGUACAGAAGGGACACAAUGAAGCAAGCUAGGAAUGCAAGUUAGAAGCACUGCACCUAUUAACUCUUCAGAACUCAAAGGCAACAUUAUCAAACAAACACAUCCAACAAACCAACUGGUAGAAUUGUAAGAGGCUGCUCAAGGACUGGGAUUCAGUUUGGUAAUUAGCCAUUAUGUGCAUAAAUAACUAUUAUUUCAUGUGUCACACUGAGCUAAAUCAGGGGCAUCCAAAGAUUUAUGAAAGCCACAAAGUGCAACAGAAACAGGACCAUUGUUUCACUGUGCAGGUAAGGAUGGUUGCAAAGGCACCUGUAGGAGACAGCACUGCCUGUCCACAGCAUGCAGACUGACUGUUUUAAAGGGGAGCUGGGAGACUGAAUGAAUGGCUACAUGAAUGGCUGUGGAACUUCAAGAGUCCCCACAAAUCCCUAGAGGCACCGCAGGUUAUUUCCACAUGCUCUAAUCAUUUAUUGCAGAGCAUUUGCCCUGUCUCUGAACAAGAAGUUCUUUGCUUCCUUAUACACGGUUUUCAACACAGCUGCUUUUGCAUUUGGGACUGUUAUUUCCAUGUCAGAACUAUUCCCUUCACACAGGCAAAAGAAGGAGUAGCAACUCAUCCUCAGUGGGGAAGUUUCACAUAGAAAGCUGUAGCAAGAUUUACCU